AUGUCAGUGUCAGACGAAGUUAUCUGGCAAGUGAUCAACCAGCAGUUCUGUGCGUUCAAGAUAAAGACUACCAAAGGACAAAACUUUUGUCGGAAUGAAUAUAAUGUUAGUGGGUUAUGCAGUAGACAAUCAUGUCCCUUGGCCAAUGCAAGAUACGCCACUAUUCGGAACGUUGAUGGGAAGCUUUACUUAUAUAUGAAGACCGCUGAAAGAGCACAUAUGCCAUCUCGAAUGUGGGAAAGAAUCAAGUUAAGUAAGAACUACACUAAAGCAUUGAGUCAAAUUGACUCACGGUUAGAAUAUUGGCAGAAGUUCUUAAUUCACAAGUGUAAACAAAGAUUAACGCGGUUAACCCAAGUGGCUAUCACAGAAAGAAGAUUGGCAUUAACAGAAGAAGAAAGACACUAUGUUGGAGUUAAACAUAAGGUUAAGAGAAGGGAAGAGAAUAGAGAAAGAAAGGCUUUGGCCGCUGCUAAGAUUGAAAAAGCCAUUGAAAAGGAAUUAUUAGAAAGGUUAAAGAGUGGAGCAUAUGGUGAUAAGCCUUUGAAUGUUGAUGAGAGCAUUUGGAAGAAGGUGUUGGGUAAGGUUGAUCAGAAGGACGAAGAUGAAGAGUUUGAAGAUGAGAGUGACGAAGAAGUCGAGUUGGUUAGUGAUGACGAUAGUGAUGUUGGAGAAGUUGAAUAUGUUGAGGAUGAAGAUGCUGAUGAUGAAUUGGUUGACAUGGAGGAUUUAGAGAAAUGGCUUGGAGAUUCUAGUGCGUCUGAAAGCGAAGAAGAUGAUGACGAUGAAGAUGAUGAGGAAGAAGAAGAAGGAUCCAAGAAACGCAGUGGUGGUGAUAGUGUCAAGAAGUCACAGACAAAGAGAAGAAGACCAAGGGUGGAAAUAGAAUACGAGGAUGAGUCCUCCAUACAGACCAAUAUAGCCAUGUAA